GGGCGCGCGCACCACAGCAGCGGAGAGAGAGACGCGCAGAGAGAGCAUGGGGCGCGCGGAUCGGCUGGAAUAAGAAACAUUUCCCAACACUUUUACAAACUUUCUCAACUCGGCCGACAGAUAUGGAUAUCAUCAUUUUGAGCACAUUGCUCCUGCUUGCGGUGUUUGGGGGCGCAGGAGCCCAGUACACACCCGCUCAAAUGGGACAUGCGGAGAAAGGCGGCUGCACCUUUGAUGACGGUCCAGCACAAUGCGAUUACCAGCAGGACCCGUAUGACGACUUCGACUGGACACAUGUCAGUGCUCAAGAAGUGCCGUUCCUGCCCUCUGACCUGCCCCAGGGCUCAUACAUGAUGGUGGACACCUCGCAGCACGAUUAUGGAGAAAAGGCUCGUUUGCAGCUGCCCGUGAUGAAGGAAAACGACACCCACUGCAUUGACUUCAACUAUCUCCUGUACUGUCCGGACGGCUCCAGUCCCGGGACGCUCAAUGUUCUGGUGAAGGUCAAUAAAGGGCCGCUGGCGAACCCUAUCUGGAACAUCACCGCCUGCACCGGCAAAGACUGGAUGAAGGCGGAGCUCGCCGUAAGCACCUUCUGGCCCAAUGAGUAUCAGGUGAUCUUCGAGGCAGAGGUGACCAAUGGCAGACGAGGAUUUAUCGCCAUCGACGACAUCCAGGUGCUCAGUUACCCAUGCGAUAAAUCUCCUCAUUUUCUGCGUUUGGGUGAUGUGGAGGUAAAUGCAGGACAGAACGCCACAUUUCAGUGCAUAGCAACUGUACGGGACGCCGUCAACAACAAACUCUGGCUGCAGCGGCGUAAUGGCGAGGACAUUCCCGUGGCGGAGAAGAAAAACAUCAACCACAGGAAGUUUGCGGCUUCUUUCCGCCUGAAGGAGGUCAGCAGUCAGGACCAGGACCUGUACCGCUGCGUCACGCAGUCCGAGAGGGGCUCCGGGGUCUCCAACUUCGCUGGACUCAUCGUCAGAGAGCCGCCGAGACCCAUCGCUCCACCUCAGCUGCUGGGCGUCGGGCCCACAUACCUGCUGAUCCAGCUCAAUGCUAACUCCAUAUUCGGGGACGGGCCCAUCAUCCUGAAGGAGGUGGAGUACCGCAUGACGUCCGGCAGCUGGACAGAAACCCACGCCGUCAACUCGCCCAACUACAAGCUCUGGCACCUGGACCCCGACACCGAAUAUGAGAUCCGCGUGCUGCUGACUCGUCCCGGAGAGGGGGGCACCGGACAGCCCGGGCCCGCGCUCAUCACCAGAACCAAGUGUGCAGAGCCCAUGCGGACCCCUAAGAGCCUGAAGAUUGCGGAGACGCAGGCGCGCUUCAUCGCUGUGGACUGGGAGUCUCUGGGCUACAACAUCACCCGCUGCCACACCUUCAACGUCACCAUCUGCUACCACUACCACAAAACCCCCAACCACAGCAAGGCCGACUGCCUGGAGAUGGACCCCAAGGCCCCGCGACACGUGGUGGGAAACCUGCCGCCUAACACCAACGUCAGCCUGAAGAUGAUCCUCACCAACCCAGAGGGGCGCAAGGAGAGCGAUGAGACCCUCAUCCAGACCCAGGAGGACGUUCCCGGGCCAGUUCCCAAGGAGUUUGUGCGAUCAACGCCUUCUGAGGAUAAGAUCUCUCUGCAGUGGAAAGAGCCUCUGGAGCCCAACGGCAUCAUAACACAGUAUGAGAUCAGCUACAGCAGUGUGCACUCCUUCGACCCGUCCGUCCCGCUGCUGCGUCCCCCACUGCUGGUGUCUCUGCCCUGGAACACGUCCCGCUACAACUUCACUCUGCUCCACCCCGGCACCACAUACCAGUUUCUGAUCCGCGCCAGCACUAGCAAGGGCUUCGGCCCCCCCACCACACUCAACGUCACCACCAACAUAUCAGCGCCAACGCUGGAGGAGUAUGACGGCUCAGAGGCAUCCCUGAACGAGACGGCCACCACCAUCACUGUCCUGCUGAAGCCUGCGCAGGCCAAAGGAGCACCCAUCAGCGCCUAUCAGAUUGUGGUGAAGGAGAUCAACCCUCAUCGCGGGCGCCGUGAGGCCGGUGGAGGCGAGUGUUACCGGGAGCCGGUGUCCUAUCAGAGCGCCGUCAGCUCUGGCCUGCCCUAUUACUUUGCAGCAGAGAUUCCUCCCAGAAAUCUGCAGGAGCCGCUGCCGUUUACUGUGGGAGACAACAAGACCUACCACGGCUACUGGAACGCUCCUCUCGCACCCCGCAAAGACUACAACAUCUACUUCCAGGCGGUCAGCCGAGUGGAGAAGGAGAGUAAAACGCAGUGUCUGAAACUGGCCUUUAAAGGAGCCACGGAGGAGCCGGAGGUGAUUCCAGACCCGGCCAAACAGACGGAUCAGGUGGUGAAGAUCGCCGGCAUCAGCGCUGCUGUGCUGGUCUUCAUCCUGCUGGUGCUCGUAGCCAUCCUGCUGCUCAAGAAACGGAGGAGCUACUAUUCGUACUCAUAUUACCUGAAACUGGCCAAGAAGCGCAAGGACGCCAUCGGGAACACCCGUCAGGAGAUGACCCACAUGGUGAAUUCCAUGGACCGCAGUUACGCCGACCAGAGCACGCUGCACGCUGAGGAGCCCAUGACCGUCACAUUCAUGGACUCGCACAACUUCAGCAACCGCUUGCCUAAUGAGCCUCUGGUGCCAACAGCUGUAUUAGUGCCUAUCACUGAUGAGAACCACACUGCGGCAGCGGCGGCAGCGGAGAACAGCAGACUGCUGGAUAUCCCGCGAUACCACUGCGAGGGUACCGAGUCCCCUUAUCAGACGGGACAGCUCCAUCCGGCCAUACGGGUGGCGGAUUUGCUGCAGCACAUCAACCUGAUGAAGACCUCCGACAGCUACGGCUUCAAGGAGGAGUAUGAGAGUUUCUUUGAGGGUCAGUCUGCUUCCUGGGACGCGGCAAAGAAAGAGCAAAAUCGAACGAAGAAUCGAUAUGGGAACAUCAUUGCAUAUGAUCAUUCUCGAGUGAUCCUGCAGCCCAUGGAAGACGACCCGUCGUCCGACUACAUAAAUGCCAACUACAUUGAUGUAAGUGGCGAUGCCGCCUCCUCCUCCAUUGGCGAACGUGUGAGAAACGUCUCUCCCUCCCUCAUUUGGCUGUACAGGGAUGGAUACCAGCGGCCCAGUCAUUACAUCGCAACUCAAGGUCCUGUCCACGAGACGGUGUAUGACUUCUGGAGGAUGAUCUGGCAGGAGCAGUCGGCCUGUAUCGUCAUGGUAACCAACCUAGUGGAGGUGGGCCGGGUCAAAUGCUAUAAGUACUGGCCUGAUGAUGCUGAAGUUUACGGAGAUUUCAAGGUCACAUUUGUGGAGGUCGAGCCGCUCGCUGAAUAUGUUGUCAGGACGUUCACUCUGGAGAGGAGGGGUUUCAAUGAGGUGCGAGAGGUGAAGCAGUUUCAUUUCACCGGCUGGCCUGAUCAUGGAGUGCCGUAUCACGCCACCGGACUGCUGUCCUUCAUCAGACGAGUGAAGAUGUCCAACCCGCCCACCGCUGGGCCUAUAGUCGUCCACUGCAGUGCCGGAGCCGGACGGACCGGAUGUUACAUCGUGAUCGACAUCAUGCUGGACAUGGCUGAGAGAGAAGGAGUGGUGGACAUCUAUAACUGCGUCAAAGCUCUGCGCUCCAGACGAAUCAACAUGGUACAGACCGAGGAGCAGUAUAUUUUCAUCCACGAUGCCAUCCUGGAGGCGUGUUUGUGUGGCGAGACGGCCAUCCCUGUGUGUGAGUUUAAAGCUGCGUAUUACGACAUGAUCCGCAUCGACUCGCAGAGCAACUCCUCGCACCUCAAAGACGAGUUCCAGACGCUGAACUCAGUGACUCCUCAGCCUCAGCCUGAAGACUGCAGCAUUGCGCUGCUUCCCCGAAAUCACGACAAGAACCGCUUCAUGGACAACCUGCCGCCCGACCGUUGCCUGCCCUUCCUCAUCACCAUCGACGGAGAAAGCAGCAACUACAUCAACGCCGCGCUCAUGGAUCCGUCAGAAGAGUACCAGAGCUACAGGCAGCCGGCCGCCUUCAUCGUGACCCAGCACCCGUUACCCAACACCGUCAAGGACUUCUGGAGGCUGGUGUACGAUUACGGAUGCACCUCUAUCGUCAUGCUGAACGAGAUCGAUUUGGCCCAGGGGUGUCCACAAUACUGGCCCGAGGAAGGAAUGCUCCGAUACGGCCCUGUCCAAGUGGACUGCAUAUCCUGCUCCAUGGACUGUGACGUCAUCAGUCGUCUUUUCAGGAUAUGCAACCUGACCAGGCCUCAGGAAGGAUACCUGAUGGUCCGGCAGUUCCAGUAUUUGGGGUGGGCGGGGCAUAGAGAGGUUCCCGCCUCCAAGCGCUCCUUCCUCAAACUGAUCCUGCAGGUGGACAAAUGGCAGGAGGAGUGUGAAGAAGGAGACGGGCGCACCAUCAUACACUGCCUGAACGGAGGCGGCCGCAGCGGGAUGUUCUGUGCCAUCAGUAUUGUGUGUGAGAUGAUAAAGCGUCAGAAUGUGGUGGAUGUUUUUCAUGCGGUGAAGAGUCUGCGCAACAGCAAACCCAACAUGGUGGACAGUCCGGAGCAGUACCGCUUCUGCUACGAUCUGGCGCUGGAGUUCAUCGAGACCUCAUAAUGGAGUCUGGGCUGAUCUGGUGUCAGUCGGAGAAACACACAGCGUGGAGAUCUCUGCGUCCGCCCUGACCGUCACCCGCUCGACUUUUAUCAGCUUUCUUUGAUUUCAUUUGUUUUUUUAAAAACAUUUGAGUUUCUCCAGUCAUUUCUGUGCAGCCAUUUAAAGCGAGCUGUUGCAUGCGGAAGACGCUCUUUAUUUCUCUGUGUCUCUCACUGUUCCUGUUAAUAAGCAUAUAUAUAUUCGUAUUUGUGUAAAUGGACAUCGUUCUGAACGGACAAAAAGCAAACCUGUUCAUCCGCCGAUGGAGAGCGCGUCACUUUGGCUCAAAAAAGACUCUGCAUUCCGCUAGAAUGGCUGGCUUACUGUGUUUUUAUUAUUGUUUUUAUGCAGAUUUUUUAUUACUGUUACUUUUUCUCUCGUUUUUUUCGGUAGCAGAUGAUGACCAUAAGCCAAAGACUUGUGUAAAUAUGUCGAUACGUAUGAAGCACAUUGUUUGUAUUUAUUGUUUACUUGCUUUUUUUGGAAGCUCAAAACAAUCAUUGCCAUUCCUCGAUUAGCCGAAAUUUACACUGCACACACAAACACUCUUUGUAGUUGUUGUUUUUUUUAAGUAUGAACUGGUUGACGUAGUGUUAUUUUUGUUUGUUACGUUGUUGUAUUUGAACAUUGUUUCAUUUGAAAUCUUUCUGUGGGGUUUUUUUUUGUGAAUAAUAUUUUGCCGAGGAGAUCUCCAAGAGGAGCAAAGAGAAGAGCUCUAUUUUUUUCUGAUGUUUUCACAUUUGUAUCGUGCUGGAAAUGGAGAGAGAGGAAAAAAUAAAUAAAACAAACAAUGAAGUGUAUGCAUUCAAAAUAUAUAUAGUAUUAGACUCUAGUGUAUUUAGGAGCAAAGCCAAUUUAAGAAGAAGAAGAAGAAGAAGACUGCAGCCAGCUGAUGCGGAUUUUAUACAAAACAGAACAAGGACAAAAAAAGAUUUCAUCAUGUGAAAUAAUAAGUUAUGUAUUUUUUGUCUGUAGUUGUUGGCUUUAUGGCUGUAAUACAAUGUCAAAUAGUACAAAUUCUUUGAAUAAAAAACAUAUGUGAAAGAA